AUGGAUAGCCAUUGUCACCUCAGUAUUGCUCACUAUUUGCUUCUUUUGCUUUUGGUCUCUUCCUGCAUGCAGAGUACUACUAAACUCUAUUUCUGUUUGGCUGGUGAUGAAAUUUCAAGCAGUGUGAAGACAGAUUCAUGCAUUGACGAAGAAAGACAAGCGCUUCUCAUCUUUAAACAGCAUCUUGUUGAUCAUUCUGGUCGGCUUUCGUCUUGGGUGGGUCAUGAUUGCUGUCGAUGGGAAGGUAUUUCAUGCAACAACAGCACUGGUCAUGUCGUGAAGAUGGACCUCCGGACUCCAUAUGACGAUGAGGAUGAAGAGUCGAUAAAUGCUUCUUUGGGAGAUUACAAGAUUUUGAAGUAGGAAACGUAGACCGAC